AUGUUGACAAUGGUCACAAGUCGAUAUUUCUUCAUCGAGUCCUCGGCACCGCGGCGACCUGGGCAGGUAGCCCGGCUCCUCUCGCCCACGCGUACCGCCAACACCGACCAGCACUGCCUGGCGUUUUACUACCACAUGUUCGGCAUCGACACGGGCGAACUUACUGUGUACGUGGAACAAGACAAAGUGUUGGGCAGCUCAGUGUGGGAAAUGGCCGGCAACCAGGGUAACCGCUGGAACUACGCCCAGGUGACCAUCACGCCGACCGGUUUAUUCCGGGCGGUGUUCGAGGCUCGGAGAGGGAAGGACUACAGGGGAGACAUAGCUCUGGAUGACGUCACUAUUACUGAGGGAAAAUGUCGUGUGCCAGAAAUCCCGGUACGGCUCGUCAGCCUUGAUCCUAGCACAACAACGCCUUCUAGCGGACGUGUGGAGGUGUUCCAUGGCGGGGAGUGGGGGACUGUCUGUGACGACUCGUGGGGUAAAAGCCAGGCCGAGGUGGUGUGCCGGGAGCUCGGCUUUCCUGGAGCAGUGGAGGCGAUCUGCUGCUCACUGAUUGCAGGGCCGGGUCGGGGGAAGAUCUGGCUGGAUAACGUGGAGUGCACGGAGAGGGAGGAAUCCCUGUUACACUGUAAACACAACGGCUGGGGGGUGAGCAACUGUGGGCACGGCGAGGACGCCGGCGUCAUCUGUCAGGAAAAGGUGACGAUUCCAGAGAGUCAAAGUCUGGUGAAGCCGUCCACAGCUAGACCAGACGUGACCACGUUGUUCCUUCGCACGCAUCCAAACGUGUUAAACAUGACUGCAAGGACCCUGGCCAAAGCCACCACACGAGCCACAACAGAAACCCAACCUACAAGUGUGACUGUUUUCGAAUCCUCGACCUCUCAAACAUUAUCAGCUGAUACUAGUACACAACCACCGCUGCCAAACGCGCUCGGGGACGUAACUACCACGGUACCGGUACCGCUUCGAAAUGUAACCGUGGAUACUCCAACAUCCGUGCCCAGUCGAACCGUUGGAAACGUCAUAAACCCCGUGAUCCAUGACCAACCACAGGCUCUGCAGCAGAGAUUGACGCCAUCAGGCGUGGCGUCAUCUCUGAACGUGACGUGCGCGUCAGGCUCCAUGGCGGUCACCGCGCCCAUCUCCUCCCUCCGCGCGCUCGGGCUCGAUCCCAGGAGACUACACCUCAACGACCCACGCUGCCGUGGGAACGAGGACCCCACCAGGACGGAGUACGUUUUCAGGAUUCCGGGCGGACUGUCGACUUGUGGAUCUGUUUUAACGCAAACAGACGACAGUCUGGUGUACCAGAACGCCAUCCAGGGGUCAGAUGGGGACGGUGUCAUCACCCGCCGCCAGAUCAAGCUCAACUUCACCUGCUCGUACAAGAUCGACCUGACCGUCAGUCUGGCACAAGCUGUACACCCCCUCAUCAGUACUGUGUCGUUUGCUGUUGACGGUCACGGCCAGUUCACCGCCACCAUGGCCCUGUUCAAGGACGCCACCUACCAACUCCCGUGGGGAGAGGCACCCGUCAUCGACGCCGGGGAGGCUGUGUAUGUGGGGAUCCAGCUGGACAGUGAGGGUGAAGAUAACGUCGUUCUAAACACUCCUACCUGUUGGGCAACCCCUACGAACAACCCCAGAGAUGACGUCUCUUUCAACAUCAUUGCUAAUGGUUGCUCUGCUCAGAAGGACGGAUCUGUCAACAUCAUGGAAAAUGGCGUCUCGCUCCAGAGCAGGUUCCGAGUGCGCAUGUUCCAGUUCAUUGCUUCUCAGUCGGUGUUUCUCCACUGUGACGUUCAGGUCUGCAACAGGACAAACAGCAACUCCUGUAAACUGGGAUGCGCCCCCGCGCGUUUAAGGCGCUCACUCCAGAUGGACAGACUGAAGGACGCUCACAUGAUCACUAGCGGACCAAUCAGAAGGACGGGAUUUGAAGAAGAUGGCGGACCUCGACACGGGGACAAACGUCGUCCCCACGUAAAGCCGGGAGUUUACGUUCCUGUCUUACUCAUCGUCAUCAUUCUCCUCUCCAUCGCUAUCGUCGUCACGGGGAUGCUCACCAAAAAGAAGCGCCCUCCAGCGGGUCCUCCCAAACUGCUGCGCGUUCGGCACAUCCGGGUCCGACCGGCUCCGCCUGAACGGGAGAAACCACCCGAGGAGAGGGAGGAGCAGGAUGACGAGGAUUUCGUCCAACUAAUCUAAACUAAACCUUUCAAUGAUCACAAUGAUCGUUAAACAUUUUAUUACUCUAUUAUCUGAUUAAUUUAUAUGUAUGAAUAUCUAUUUUGGCUACGUACUUCCAUUCAUACCAACAAAAGGAUACGUAAUACACUAUGCGUUGUGUACAUAAAUUUAGAUUUUAGUAUGAACAUUGCAUCGUUGAAUCCUGUACACAUUUUCUUUGUCGAAUUGAAUUUGAUAGGCGCUGUCGUCUGUUAGUAGUAUAAGAUAAGGGAUUGACAUACGCUUGUGUGUAGUCUUUUUACCCACUAGUGCUUUGCAAAAAGUUUGUUUAUCGAAACUCUCUUUCAUUUCUCG